AUGGCCAGCGCCGUGUCCAAUGCCGGUGGGUUGGGUAUCAUUACAGCGCUCAUCUGGCCCGAGCCGGAGGGCCUUCGCCAGGAGAUUCGCAAAUGCCGUAAGUUGACCGACAAGCCGUUCGGUGUCAACAUCACACUGCUGCCGGCUCUGGUUCCUCCGGACUAUGGCGCCUACGCGCAGGUAGUGAUCGAUGAGGGCGUCAAGAUUGUUGAAACAGCGGGCAACUCCCCCGGCCCGGUUAUCGAGAAGCUCAAGAAAGCCGGCAUCAUCGUUAUCCACAAAUGCACGACUAUCCGGCACGCGCAGUCAGCUGUCAAGCUGGGCGUUGACUUCCUGAGCAUCGACGGUUUUGAGUGCGCUGGCCACGUUGGCGAAACAGAUAUCACCAAUUUCAUCCUGCUCAGCCGGGCGCGACAGACGCUUAAGGUGCCCUUCAUCGCCUCGGGUGGUUUUGCUGAUGGGUAUGGUCUUGCGGCGGCCCUCUGCCUGGGCGCGUGCGGUAUCAACAUGGGCACACGCUUCCUGUGCACACAGGAAGCGCCUGUCCACCAUCGCAUCAAGGAGCAGAUCGUCAAGGCCCAGGAAACCGACACUGCGCUAGUUCUGCGGCGCUGGCGCAAUACGACCCGCCUGUACCGCAACAAGGUCGUGGAGCAGGCACUCAAGGUCGAGAAGGAGAGCAAGACGGGCGACUUUGCCGAGAUUGCUCCCUACGUCAGCGGAAAGCGUGGCCGUGAGGUAUUCAUCAAGGGCGACCCCGAAUAUGGUGUCUGGACAGCCGGUCAGGUCAUGGGCCUGAUCCACGACAUUCCCACGUGUAAAGAGCUGCUUGAGAGGAUCGAGAAGGAGGCUGAGGAGACGCUUAAGAACAGGAUGGGCCUGAUUACGCCGGCGCCUAAACUCUAA